GACUCUCUCUCUCUCUCUCUCUCUCUCAUACUCACAACUCAUAAAGCAAGGGUCAUACUAACACAAUAGAACGUCCACGCAAACAAACCCUUCUCUCAAAAACAUUCCUUUCCAAGCAUUAGAACACCUCUCUCCCAAAAAAGAAAAAAAAAGUGAUCUUUUUCUCUCUUUCAAGAUUUACAGUGUCUCUCUUCUUCUUCUUCAGUUUCAUCCAUGGAUACAGCUCACUGGCCACAGGAAAUUGUGGUGAAACCACUAGAAGAAAUAGUCACAAACACAUGCCCAAAGCCUCACCAUCAUCAUCAUCAUCUUAAUCAAGUACAACCUUCUUCUUCUUCACAAGGUUGCAGUUUGGAGAGAAAAACCACUACAAGGCCUCAAAAAGAACAAGCCCUAAACUGUCCAAGGUGCAAUUCAACCAACACUAAAUUUUGUUACUACAACAACUACAGCCUAACCCAACCCAGAUACUUUUGCAAGACAUGUAGAAGGUACUGGACUGAAGGUGGGUCCCUCAGAAACAUCCCAGUUGGAGGUGGCUCAAGGAAAAACAAGAGAACUUCAUCUUCAUCACCAUCUUCAUCACCAUCAUCAUCAAAGAUCACAGCUUCUAGGCUCCCUGAUCUGGUACACCCUCAUCUUCAACAACACCAAUUGAGCCAAGCCCAAGAUCUCAACCUUGGUUUCCCACCUAUGAUCAAUAACAACAGCAUUGAAAAACACCAUAUCUCACCUUCUUCUAAUACCUCUCCAACCAGCACUACUACUAGUACUACUACCACUAAUAAUAAUACACCAACAACAACAACAACUCAUUUCUCAGCUCUAGAGCUUCUCAAUGGCCUCACUUCAAGAGGGUUCAAUAGCUUCUUGCCAAUUCCAGUACCAGAUCCCAAUAGUAACUCAGUAUAUAACACUUCAGGGUUUCCUCUAGUACCAGAAUUUAAGCCAAGCCUGAAUUUUUCUCUUGAUGGGCUUGGAAUUGGAAGUACCACAGCAGCAGCCUAUGGGAGCCUGCCAAGUGUCCAUGAUCAGAAUAACACCAGUAGUAGUAGUAGUGGGAGGCUUUUGUUCCCUUUUGAGGAUUUGAAGCAAGUUUCAAAUGCCAAUUCUGCUGGGAUUAUUGACCAGGAUAAUAACAAGGAGCAAGGUGACUCAACUGGGUAUUGGACUGGAAUGUUGGGUGGAGGAUGGUAAAGAAGAAAUAAUUUUUUUUUUUUUUUGGUUUUUUUUUUUUUUUUUAAAUUAUUAAUUUUCUCAUUGUGGGUAUGCUUGUUUGGAUUUUCUUCAUCAUAACUAGCUAACAGUUCAUAGGGUGAUACAUGGGGUUUCUUCAAUUUGCUUUCUUGAUUAGUUUUUUCUUUUUUUGAUUAUCUUUUUAAUUAGUUUGUGAAAAACAUAUGGUGGGAUUUUGAAGCUUAUUUUAGAUUGGCUUCAGAAAAUGGCUGAAUACUACUACUACUAUAGCUACUGAUCAUGGAGAGGUAUAGAGUACAAACUCUAUGAAAGGAUUAGAAGAAAUGGAUUAUCUCAGCUCCAAGGUCAUGAACCCAGAAAUUUUUUUUUAGGGUAUUAUUAUUAUUAUCAUUAUAAAACUUAGUUAUGUAUGUAAUUUUUUUCUUCUAUCAAGUUGUACUAUAGAGAUGUAGUAGUAGAUAGUAGUAGGUCAAUGGGACAGUCCCCCUAUUAUGUGUCAUUAUUGGUUGGCUUUGGUAUAAGAAAAAAAUUUAAAUAAUAAUGUAUAAUGUAAAACUUUUGUAUGGAGAGUUUAAUGGAUAUGCAUUAAUGUACUUUUUUACCA